UGCUGUCCGGGGUAUAUCACUCCGCUUUCUUCUCCUCUCUGUUACUCUUCUUCCUCCUUUCCUCAUUCUCUCACUUCUCCUGUCAAUCCGUACAUACUAUAAUCAUCCACCAAAAUGUCCCUCGCAGAUACUACCUACAAACUCAACACCGGCGCCGAGAUCCCCGCGCUUGGUCUGGGAACGUGGCAAUCCGCGCCCGGUGAAGUCAGUGCAGCCGUCUACCACGCCCUCAAAGUAGGCUAUCGUCAUAUCGACGCAGCCCAAUGUUACGGCAACGAGACCGAGGUCGGCGAGGGCAUCAAACGCGCCCUCUCUGAAGGCAUCGUGAAGCGCUCCGAGAUUUUCGUGACCACGAAACUCUGGUGCACAUACCACACGCGUAUACAGCAAGCACUAGAUCUCUCUCUAUCAAAGCUCGGUCUCGAUUACGUAGACUUGUACCUAGUCCACUGGCCUCUUGCCAUGAACCCCAACGGCAACCACGACCUCUUCCCUAAGCUUCCAGACGGCAGCCGCGAUCUGGUUCGCGAACACAGCCACGUAACGACGUGGAAGGGAAUGGAAGAGCUAAUCACGAACAACCCCGAUAAGGUAAAGGCGAUCGGAGUCUCCAACUACUCGAAGCGGUAUCUCGAGCAGUUGCUCCCGCAAGCCAAGAUCGUGCCGGCCGUCAACCAGAUCGAGAACCACCCUGCACUACCGCAGCAGGAGAUCGUGGAUCUGUGUAAGGAGAAGGGGAUCUUGAUUACGGCGUAUAGUCCUCUUGGAAGCACAGGAAGUCCGCUGUUCAAGGCCGAAGCCAUUGUGGCCGUUGCAGAGAGGAGGGGCGUUACGCCCGCGUCGGUUCUGUUGAGCUGGCAUUUGGCCCGCGGCUCCUCCGUCCUCGCCAAAUCGGUUACACCUUCGCGCAUUGAGGAGAACAGGAAGUUGGUGAAGCUGGAGCCCGAGGAUGUCGAGUUAAUUGGCAAGUACUCGGCGGAACUGGCUGCGACAAACGGGUUCCAGCGAUAUGUGUACCCGCCGUUUGGGGUUGACUUUGGAUUCCCGGAUAAGUCGUGACUACAUGGGUCGAAGCUGUGAAUAAGAUUAUUAUACCCGUGGGGUGGGAUAGAUUGUAUAUAAAAGGAACUAAAUGACUUUUCUUUUGUUUUGGUUUUGUUGGAAAUCUGUGAAUGAAAUA